AUGGCGUUUUGCCUGGCUAGCCAUGCUUUUGUUUCCGGUAGGUCUGGUUUGGAAAGGAAACCAACAAAAACUGGAUAUGAAGUGCAACGUGGAAAUGCCGCCAAACUGUUUGAUGAUGCAUCAGACCUGCUUUGGUCGGCGACUGGACAAGCGUUGAGUGUAGGUGCUACAUUGGGAAUGGUCUUCGCAGUCACGCAGGCUUCUGUUCGAGCUGAGGAGAUGAAAGCCUUCGGCGACUUGGAAUCGCAGGUAACUGUGGCCAAGAUUGACAGAGAUAUAAAGGUAAAGGAACUCAAGGCCGACGCGCAGAAGGUCGAUGAGUUCACAAAAAGCAAGGUGCGAACCUCUGAGGAGAAGUUUCGAGAGUUUACAAAGGAUUUCGACACGAAAUUUGCAUCCACGGAGCGCUCCAUUCGAGCUGGACCAGGGGUGAGAUCUGUGGUCCGCAAAAGUUUGCAGAAGGAAAAACCCUCUGGUAUUACCUUCACCGGCUUUGAGGGUCUGCCAUCUUUGCCGGCGCUGCCAGCUUUGCCAAGCCUCAGCCUUCCUGGCUUGGGCGGUGGUUCUGGUGGAGCUCCUCCCACUGAAGAUGCUGCUUUGGGUGUCCUCUCAGGAGCUGCAAUCUCCUUGGGCGUGCCUGCAGUGCUGGCUGCUGGCGCUGUCAACAACCGCAUCCAAGAGAAGAAGCGAGAAGAUGCUGAGAGGAAGGCGAGGGAAAAAGUGGAUUCUGCGGCUACGGGCUCGAUCCUGACUGCUGUUGCGGGUAUUGGAGCUGCUGUAGUUGUUGGGAACUUCAUUCUCACCAACCUGCCGGCAGAGGCCCCUCCAAAGCAGGCACCUUCAGUUCAGACGACAACAACGCAGAGUGCAGAUACUGCCGCAGCCGAGAAAGCAGCAGCAGCAAAGGCAGCCGCUGACAAGGCCGCUGCUGAAAAGGCAGCCGCUGACAAGGCAGCUGCAGACAAGGCAGCCGCUGACAAGGCAGCUGCAGACAAGGCAGCCGCAGACCAGGCAGCCGCUGACAAGGCAGCUGCAGACAAGGCAGCCGCAGACAAGGCUGCCGCAGACCAGGCAGCAGCGGACAAGGCUGCCGCAGACCAGGCAGCUGCGGACAAGGCAGCUGCGGACAAGGCAGCCGCAGACAAGGCAGCUGCGGACAAGGCAGCUGCAGACAAGGCAGCUGCAGACAAGGCAGCUGCGGACAAGGCAGCGGCUGACAAGGCAGCGGCUGACAAGGCAGCUGCUGCAAAGGUCGAAACUCCCGCAGCACCGGAGUCUACCACGGCGAAGAUUGCCAAGAAGGGCGGCUAUUUUGCCUACAUGAAAGAGAAGCGACAGCAGUAGGGCGAAUCAGCAGCGAUAUUGUUUUCAUACGGAUGGUUCACUAAUGGUUUGCUGAUGGCGGACAAUUUUUAAAGUGUGCCAAGACCUCAUGCGUUCCUGUGCAAGAGCUCAGUCUACAUCUCCGCCGGUUGAAAACAUGCGUUUCUUUUCGGAUGCAAGCUCACGCGCUUUCUAGUUGCAUUGAGAUUUU